ACGAUCGCACAGACGGCCAUUGAUAGCAUCCCAGGAAGUCACCCAGGAUAGUCACCCAGCGGGCGGCCUUCUGCUCCAGUCUCCUCUAUUUCAGCCCACAGCCCGCCGAGCAUGGGCAACACCGCUUCCAACCCCCAGUCCCACCCGUCCCACCGCACCCAGUCCCCCAUCGGCCGCGGCAGCCCUGCCCGAGCAUCCCCCACAAACAACAAUCGCGUACACCGCUCCCUCCGCCAGAAGAAGCGCUCCCUCGAGCUGCCCGACCUGGCGUCCCUCGCCCUCACCCCCGCCUCCUCCUCCCCCGCCUCGGUCUCCCCCCAUGGAGCCUACCGCAGGCCGUCCUCGCCCAUCCCUAUCCCCAUCUCUGCCCCCGUCCAGCAGGCCUUCGGGCCCCAGAACAACCUCCCCUCCGCUGCUCGCCUGGCCCUCAACAAUGCCCGCAACAGCAGCCGAUACGACCGAUCCUACCUGAAUGUCUACCCAUCCACGCGCUCUUUCAUGUCGCGGCUCCAAGAACAUUCGCCCCCGCGCGAAGAGCCGCCGCGCACCGAGUUCGUCCCCGAGAUCAUCCACAGCACGCUCCCGCUCGCCCUCGUCAAGGCCGAAGAGGAGUUGAGUAACCCCGAGCCUGUGCAAACCAAGAUCGUCUAUCGCGGAAGCGGUCAGUCUGUGAUUCUUACACGUGCGGGGGACGACAGCUGGCAGGGCAGGCAGCCCAUGCAAUUUGACCCGACGAGUGGGCAGUGGUUCACCUACGUCAAUCUGUUUCCAGGGACACAUCACCUCAAAUUCAUCGUUGACGAUCAGAUCCGGAUUUCGGAGGACUACUCUCAAGCUGUAGACGACCGCGACGGGUCGCUCGCAAACUACGUCAGUGUCCCCUUCCCCUCGGCCAAUGCCUCUCCUUCUGCAGUGGCCGCACCCGUCUCAUGCGCCAUCUCGCCACUCGCAAGCCCGCACCACCAACACCCGCUCAACGUCAACUCCUUCUGGAGCGACGCAAGCAGCACCGCCGGGGAGUCGGGCGGCUCAGGGCGCGAGCACGCGGAGCCCGAAUGGACGACCGAGAUCCCGCCCGAGCUCAUCGCCGCCGCCGCCGAGGAGGAGGUCUACCUCCAGAUGCAAGAAACCGCGAGCAUGUCGCACGACAUGUCGAGCAACUCCUCCGCAAGCGGGUACAACUCCGUCCCCACCCCGAACAUACCGCCCGCCCCCGUGCUCCCGCGGCACCUCGACAAGCUGAUCCUCAACGUGAAGCCACAGACAGUGAGCGGGAGCCCUGUACCGACCGAGCGCGAGCGAUCCAGGCGAUCGGGUAGGGAUCGCUCGAGACGCGAGCGCGACAGGGAGAGCCGGACUCGCUCGAACCACCUCGGAAUGAGCAUGACCGCGGGCGAUGCCAACGGGGAUGUGUACGGCGACGGAGGGGUGCACGGGCCAUCGCCCCUGGGCUUGCCCGUGGUGACGGCGAGUGGGACGGACGUGACGAGUGCGUUGGCGGCGGCAGACAACGCGGAGAGGGCCAGUCGAGCGGCGAUGAAGCUAGAUGUCACUGGCCUAGCGGACGAUGCGAGUGUAUUGCCCGUGCCGUCUCAUGUCGUGCUACACCAUCUGAGCACGAGUGCGAUCAAGAACGGCGUCUUGGCUGUCGCAAAUACGACGAGAUACCGCAAGAAGAAUUCUAUGUCUUCGCAGUAUAUAACGACGAUCUACUACAAGCCGACAUGAAAGCAGCUUCGGGACGAUGUACUUGCGUCGGGCUACGAUCAUCCAUUCACAGACAUUCUUCUGCAUAGAGUUCCCUCCAUAGCCAUCCUCCCGUCAUCUCACUCCAUACCG